AUGAAUUCUUCAAAAUCCGAGGAAGAAGAUUCCGAGGAAGACUCAAAUAAUUCCAAUAAUUAUGGUGAAGAAUUAAGUAUCAUUUCUGACAAAGACUCUGAUUCUAAUGAAAAUUCAGAUGUUUCUAAUACAUCAAAUAAUGAAUCAGAUAACUCUGAUUCUAAUGAAAAUUCAGAUGUUUCUAAUACAUCAAAUAAUGAAUCAGAUAAUCUGAUACCAAGCCCAUUACUAGACUAUUCACCAACUACUGAAAACUUUCGUGAUUAUUAUAUGUCACAAUUAACAAAUGGAUUUGGUGAAGACUUGGAUAAAAUCAGAAAGGAACAAAACCUUGAUUCAAAUAGAUUGGAACCUAAAAAGUCAAAUGCCGCCAAUAUUUUACCAGUUCUUCCUCAAAUGUCUCAACAACCUCCACCAUCAAUGCAACCUCCACCACAAAUCCUACCACCACCUUUUCCUCAUAGGUGGCUUCCAACAAUGGAUGGAAAUAUCUAUGGAAAAUGA